AUGCCUUCAAGUCAUAGCCGAGGUUUUUAUCUUUCUCCUUCUCAAUAUCUUUUUCUAUCGAUGAGUUUAUUCCAAAACAGCCGGCUCACUUUUCACUCUAGGCUUUUUUCAUUUCCCCCCACUUUCUCUCACUCUCUUUUUCUCCUCUCGUUUUCUUUCUUCUUCUCUGAUGUUCCCUCUCUUUCCUUCCCUUUUAAUUUUUAUCUCUCGUUUAAUUUUUCUUUUUUUCUUUCUUUAUCUCUAAGUCCUCACUUUUCAACUCCGAGGUCUCUCCUUUCUAUCACACUCAAUUUCACUUCUUGUCUUUUCUCUAAUCAUCCUUCUCUGUCCUUCUCUUUCGCUUUUUUCUUUUUCUUCCCCCCCACCUUCUCUCUAAGCAAUCUCCGUUCCUCUGUCUUAGUCCCUUCAUGUUUUCUCUUCCCCUCCAACUAUCUCGUUCUCUUUCUCUCUCUAUACUCCCAUCUCUACAACUCCCACGUCUCUUUCCCUCUCUACUCAUUCGUUCUCAUGUUCUAUCCAUCCAUCCAUCUGUUUAUCUCUAAGUCUGACUCACUCUUUUUCUAUCUAUCUAUCUAUCUAUCUAUCUAUCUAUCUAUCUAUCUAUCUAUCUAUGACACUCUGUCACUGUUGAUCUAUCUAUCUAUCUAUCUAUCUAUCUAUCUAUCUAUCUAUCUAUCUAUCUAUCUAUCUUAA